GGGCUCCGGCCGCUGCUGCGGAGCGGCGGGGCGCUGCGGGCGCGGGGCGGGGGUUGGUUGCGCUGCCGCCGUGCGCCCUCCUUCCCUCCUUCCCUCCUUCCCUGCCUCCCGUCUCCUCCUCUCCGUCCCUCCCGGCUCCUUCCCUCGCACCGAGCCCUCCGCGCGCGCAGAGCAGCGGCAGUGACAGCCCCGCCGUGCAGCGCCGGCGCCCCCGCAGCUCCCUCCCCCUCCUCCGCUUUCGGGGCGCCGGCGGCCGAUCCCCCCCUCGGCUCCGUACCUGGCGGCUCCGGCCGAGCCCCCCCCGCGGCCGUUCCCUGCUCGCCAUCGGGCAGGAAGCGCCGUUCCCCGGCGGCGGGGCGCGCUGUCAGCGGGCGGCCCCGCGGAGCUCCUCGGCGGUCCAUGGAUUACCUGAAAGCAACAAUAAACUAAAUUCAUAGUCCAUCCUCAGCAUCUCUGGGUGACUGCAGAAGAACAUAGAAUUGUGGCCUCACAGCAGAUUGGAAGUUGAGCGAGUUGAGGACUAUGUCUGAAUGUAUCCAGCUCUCAUUUGCUGUUUGUAGAAUUGGCAUUUACACGUGUUUUAGAGCACUUUGCUGCAAAGGACCACCACCGCCACGACCUGAGUAUGAUUUGGUUUGUAUAGGCCUCACUGGUUCCGGCAAAACAAGUCUUCUGUCACAGCUUUGCAGUGAAAGUCCGGAGAAUAUAGUGUCUACCACAGGCUUCAGCAUAAAAGCAGUGCCAUUCCAGAAUGCCAUCUUGAAUGUAAAAGAACUUGGAGGUGCUGACAAUAUCAGGAAAUACUGGAGUCGUUACUACCAAGGAUCCCAAGGGGUAAUAUUUGUAUUAGACAGUGCCUCCUCUGAAGACGAUCUAGAAACUGCUAGGAAUGAACUACAUUCAGCUCUCCAGCACCCACAGUUAUGUACUUUGCCGUUUUUAAUACUGGCCAAUCAUCAAGACAAACCAGCAGCACGCUCUGUACAAGAGAUCAAAAAAUACUUCGAACUUGAGCCACUUGCACGUGGAAAGCGCUGGAUUCUUAAACCCUGCUCCCUGGAAGAUAUGGAGGCAGUAAAAGACAGCUUCUCCCUUCUAAUAAACUUGUUGGAGGAGAGAGACUUCGAACCUUCAAGAAUGUGAAACGCAAGAGGGAAGAGUUGUUUUCGAGGCAUCACUGUACCUGUUCAUUCUGCUCACAGAUUACGUAUGGUGUGGUAUCAACACUGUGCUGUGACAUUCAUACACAGUGCAGAAUGUCCUUUUGUUAAAAUAAAUAUCUGUGAAUCAGGUACACGACUAUUUCCAGUAAAAUUGUCUACACUACUGAAAUAGGGAGUUCCUCUUUGUUUACCACUAGUUCUGCACACACUGCAUGUUGCUUUCUUGCCAUCAUCCUUGAUAGAAAAUUCUGCACGCACAAGAAUAACAUAGUCUGUAAAGGUGGCAUUCUACUUGCUACCUUGUUUUUUAAAAAUAACUCAUGUCUUAAGGAUUUGUGAGACUAAUCUGUGUUAGCUUGUUUGCUGACCCCACAGACUGAAAAGCACAGCCACUGAGAACCUUAUCAUUACUGAUACCUUGAAUAUGAAGUUGUUUUAUGUCAGUGCAAAGGUUAGUCUGAAAUUUUACUAAAUAAAAACACAGUGGAUGUAUUAGAUUCCUUUCCUUAAGCCACUGCAUAACCUUGUAAAACACAGAACUAUUAUUUUGCUGGAAGUUCCCACAAUGGGAAAUUAGCACACAGAUGUGUGCAGGUAACAGUAUUGCUGAAGAAUCAGUGACAUAAAAAAUGUGGUAAGAAGAAACGAUGUUUUUAGGAAGUAUACAGAAAUUGGCUAAACUAGUAGUUCUCACUUAAGGUAGUUUUUUAUCAGAGAAGCAAAGCAAAUAUCUGUGAAUUCAGCUGUGGUGGCUUUAUUACUAGUUAUAAAUGUGACUGAUUUUAAGGAUUGCCUUCUUUAUCACUCACUCACAGUAUGCAACUGUUGCUUUGACAGUGCCAAGGCAUCCAUACCAUAAUGAGGGGCCUUCCGGUCUUUGAAUCAUAAGCUUCUCCUUUCACGGGAUUAUAACCUGUCCUUUCAAACUUCCUCUGGACAACAUGUUACUUAAAAGACAAAAAAGUAUUCAUUGAAAACAUUUGUAAUAGGUUUGGAAAAAUCCUAUUUAGUUCCUGGAGCACAGUGCCUGCUUCCACUUCCCAAAUUUUCCCCAUCGUAGAUUUUCAGAUUUUUUCACUGAGUUUUGUUGACUUUUAAAACAUUAUUGACUGAUUUUAUUCUUAAAAGAAAUACGCCAGGUCGCUGGUUCACCAUGAAGUCAAUCACAACAAGGUAUGUGCAGAUUGGUCACCAGGCUGGCGCACACCUUGAGUGUUGUGCAUUGCACAUCAAUGUCUGCGUACACAAGCUGUCAGUGGUUCCUCAUGGAUUUUGCUUAUUUUUUGAAGCUUGUAAAUCCUGUUGCAGGGCUGUAGGAACAUAUCUUUCCACUCCGAGCAUUUAUUUUUUAAGUUUAAAGUUUGUUGUAAUUCUUAUUAGUUUAUUUGAGAAUAAGAAAAUAGUAAGCAUCAGCUUUUAAAGGCUUAUAAAAGCCAUUUCUCUGUUUUUUGCAAUUUUGCUCCUUGUUAAACAAAAUGUUUUUAUAGGUUUUUGGUUACUUUUCCAUAUCCGCGGAUUUCUUGCAUUGCUCUCCCAGAACUAUUUCUGCCCAAAUGCAUGGCCUGAUAGUUACUCUUUCAACUCAGUUCCUACUAUCAGAACAAAGCUGGAAUACCUGUUUAGCUCGCAGUUUGACUUCAUGACAAAAGAGGCAUGAAGGGCAUCUCUUCUUGCUUCAUUUUGUUUCUGUUUCCUGCCAGGUAAAUCACCCCAUUGCUCCUACUCUUGGAAAUAUAAAAAAACUGGAAUUACCCAUUUUAAAGCACACAGACAAGCCUUAUGAUAGUUCAAGCCUCUUUGCCUGCAGAAGCAACUUGGUAGCUCGUCAGUUUCUCUCCUGUGGGUUAAGGAGUUUGCAGAGGAAGUGGAUCUGAUGUGCAGCUCCACUCUCUCUCUUAGCUUACGUGAGUUUAGAGAUUAUAGAGUCCCAAGAUUUUCUUCCCUGAUUAGGCAAAAUGAUAAGAAGAAAACGGUGGGGAGGAGAAAGAGGCUCAUCUCCCAGAGAAGGAAGGCUGUUUGAUAAAAAGGAAGGCAAAGAGAUGGAUUCAGAGCCUUGUCACAGAGCAUUAGUUAGGAGACAAAAAUAAUAAUAAUUCUCAAUUUUUUCCUCAUUUCUUCCCAUUUUGAAAGUAUGGACCAAAAGUACAAAAAAUUAGAAGAAUCCCAACUGUAUCACGGUAUUGGAACUACACUUAUUUGUACUAUUAGUGUUUCUGGUCCAGUGAUUUUAAGCAACCUGAACUAGUGGUAGAUGUCCCUGUUCAUUGCAGGGGAGUUGGAUUAGAUGACCUUUAAAGGUUCCUUCCAACUCAAGCGAUUCUAUGACUUUAGGAUUCUAUGACUCCAUAGUUCCUGAGUUUUAUAUUUUAGUCAUGAUUUCCCAACUAUGCACUGUUGGAAGGUGCUACAUGACUAACAUCCAAAAGGCCCAACUAGUCAUUGAGAAUAGAGCUUUGGCAUGUGCCAGCGUGCAGCUAGAAUGGACCUUUUGAUGGUAAAUGUUUUUUUCUUUAUGGGGAUACCAACUGCACAGUAGCAGUGAUUUAUUUUUCAAAAUAACUUUAAAUAUGCUUUUUCUUACUAAUACAGCAAUCAUUCCUCACCGCAGGUUGAAACAAUACCUCAUAAAUGCUUAUGGCUAAGACCAAUGCUUAAUUUUACUUUGAAUGUAGUUCUGUGGCUUUGUGUUGUGGAUGGACUUAAUGGAUAUGUAUCCUUUUACUGUCUGUGAGCACCUUCGACUUUUUAUGAAAGUAUUAAAAAUGCUUAUAGCAGUUCACAUCACACUUCGUUGUCUAAAGUGUUUUGAAUGCUUUGGCUGUGGCAGAAUAUGUAAGCACCAUGAGCACCAUGCAGAUUUUAUUUGGGUUGUUGGAUGAUCAGUCUCAAUUGCAUUUUCUUGGUUUUGUUUGGGGCUUUUUUGUGUGUGGUGGUUUUUUUUGUUUUUUGUUUGUUUGUUUGUUUGUUUGUUUGUUUUUUGUUUUAAAUCUUUUCACACACGCUCAUCAUUUAGGUGAGAUAAAGUUGGGCACUAGGCUCUGCUUUCCAUGCAAGUUCAUUAAGGAGAGAACGUUGUCUUUUUUAAAAAAGAUACUGUGCUUAAAUGUUCUGUAGACAUCUGUUAAAUUACUUUGUGUGUAUGUGCGAGUGUGUGUAUGUGUAUGUGCCCACAUCAGGCUUCUUCUCAGAGCUGUAGUUGUCUGCAGCGCCUCAGCCGUCAGAAUGAAAACAUUAUCAAUCAGUAUCCAACAACAGCUGGUUUUGACAAGCUUCUGUCUGCUGCUUAAUGCUUUACAACUUGUCAGUGCAACUUUUUUUGUCUACUCACUCUGAGCUGAUAAUCUUACUGCUUCCAUGUUGCGUCCUGUACUUGUACUUCUAGCAUUUGUAUGGAAAAGAAGUUAAAUCUUAGUGCAUUUUUUAUAUUAUUUCUUGCUGUAUAAUGUUCCACAUGUAUCUUAGCUUGCCUCUUCAAAAUGCGCUAUACAAAAAUCUGUGAUGUACUAUUUCAUUUAAUUUCUUGCAUUUCAUUAUAUUUAUAGAAGUUGCAGAUUUUUGUACCGUAUUAGUUACUACAGUUGCCUUUUUGUAAUGGCAAUUAAUUUAUAUUACAAAAGUUUGUAUCUUUACUGUAGUUGAGAGUAUUAGUUAACUGCCAUAUUAUCUUGACUUUAUACUAAAAAUACAGUGUCGCUACACAAAAGUUGUCCCAUUUGGGUGGACAACUACUAGAUAUGAGGAUCUUGUACUGUCUGUGAUUUAUACAUGAUUUCCACUAUCAAAAAGACAAAAAGAAAAUAAACACUGUGUAGAAUUCA